AUGAUUUUUGACCCGCGGGACACACAGUUUGCUGAGCUGGGGGCCACAGCACUCACAAACCCCACCCUGACCACACCGGGACCAGCUCUGCGGCGCGCCUUCACGCACGCGCGCAGGCUGCCCCUUGCCCGGCACUCGGGCUGCAAGGUUCCGCGCUUCCUUCGGAGUCCCAGCGCCGAGGGGGCGUGGUUGGGCGUGGCUUCGGCUGCGUAUUGUCAUGGAGACCAGAAGCUGUCCGCGGCUGAAGCGGGCGGCUGUGAGCCAGACGGAGCGGCGCGCGGGGCCGGAGCCCCGGGGAGCGCGCGACGGCCCGAGACUGCUUCUCGGGCUGACCGUUCCGGGUUCCGGGUAGGCUCGAGUGUCGGCAGGGAGUGUCCCCGCCCCGACGCGAGGGUCCCCGCCUCCCGCGACCGCACCGCCCCCGGCUCCGCCCGCUCAGCCCGGCUAACGGUCGGCGAGGCCUGCCACGAGGGAGCGUCCGCGGCCCGCGCAGAGCCGCGCACCAAGCCGAUGGCGUGGACGCGGCCGGGCCCCGCGCGUGGGCCGCUAGAGCCUGGGACAUGCCAUGCGGGUGCUUCAGUCCGCGUGCAGGCAGGCGCGCGUGGGCGUGUCCCUCGGGCCCACGCGUGUCCCCCUGAAUCAGUGUCUCGGCUCUCGUCCAGGACGACGACUUCUGAAAGCGAGCCAAGGAGAAUCGCAGUUGGUAAUGGAGCUCCUGACUGCCUGUGGAAGAAGGUGAUUCGGAAGACAGGGAGUGCCAGGAAUCUAACAGCACAUUACAACUUCAGAACAAAGCAGUGGACUCUAACAUGGUUUCCUUCUUGAAGACGGGAGUGUGGGAGAGAGUCAAGAAAAUGAAGAUUUGGGGUCCACCAGCUCAUCCUUGCAGUUGUCUUAAAGAGUGAUUAAUUUCACUUGCAGUGCCUUCCUUCCCGAGCUGGAGUGCUUCUGUGGAGACUAAUUCAGUGAAACCUGUUUAGGGGAUCAUCCCUGCUAGACAGACAGCUGCGAGGGGGCAUUCGCUUCCCAGCAUGGAUUUCAGAUUAUGACCAAUCAAGAGCCGGUGCUAAGGAACACCUGUCAGCGACGUUGGCUACAAGGAGACCAACUCUUUAAUCAAAUUUCAUUGUACUUCAGAAAAAGGUUUAUUUUAAAUGUGGCAUCUGCUUUUAUGAUUCAUCCUUCUCAGCUGAGACAUCAAUUUGGGGCUUAUUUAUGAUGUUAUUCUAGGGUGAAACAAGAAACUGCAAGAAAGUAUCUCAAAAAGGCGGCCUUUCCCAAACAUUCAAUUAGCAACUUUCUCAUGUGGGAAAAUAAAAAAAUCAAAAACUUUAGUUUUGAGCUUUUGUGUGUGACUAUAAUUAGUGAUAGGGAUUCUUUUGAGCACAUUUCAGAAUGUUGAAGCUGGAUAGUAAAUGCUUGUCAUGAAGUCUGGGGAACUUUCUGGUGGACACCCGUCCACUCAUCUGUGAGCAGCGCAAACUAUCAUUGCUACUGAUGGGUUCUGAAAGGCCAUGCUCGCUUUCAACUUAGCCCUAAUUGGAGGCCCCGCUAAGCCCAUAAUACCAGGUACGUUCUCACAGCUGCAGACCAUCUAGUGAAACUUCAUGUGCAAGACAAACUUCACUGUGCAAACUGUAAUUUAAUGGUAUAACUGUGUGCAGCCCAGAAUAUCAGUUAAUUUUCAAAACAUUUUAUUCUACAGCAAUUAGCUCAGGUCCUGGAGGGCAAAAUGACAAGAGGUUACUCGUUCACUAUGUAUUUAAUUAAUUGAAAAAUGCUCCAAUUGCCUUUACAGUUGUUAUUAGAGAGCGGAAUCAGUGUUGCCAGCGCUCAACCAUAAUUGGAACCCCGGGGAAUUAAAUAUUUAGCAUUAGUAAUGUAACAGCACUUAGGACACAAAUUUCUAUUUUCGUAAUGAAAGCUAUGCACUGUGAGUGCAAGCGGCUGAAAGGACAGCUGUGACAAGCGAAACGGCCUGGGACAUUUCAAUAAGACACCUCAUUGGACAGCAAGUCUUACCACAUUAUGCGUUUGUAAGAGACCUGCAAGUUUAAUUCCCACGAGGAACUCGUAGCCCAAGUCUUUAGCGUCCUAAUUGCAUGCAGGAUGAACGGUUGGGCAAAUGUCUUGCCAUAAGUGGCUGGAAUUCAUCCUGCUUUCUAAAUAAUCGCAUAGAAGUACGUGCCUUUGUCAAUUUACAAAUCCUGAGACUGUCAGCGACUAAGGAUCUUGUUUGUUUGCCAUUUAAUUAUAUUUUAAGCACACAUGCUUUCUGGGCUACAGUGAGAAAAGUUGGCUAUGGGCUCUAAUGAGCUGCACUGCUAGACGCUGGAGACCCUGAGGGACUCACUCCGUAAAUUAGCUGGAUAAAAAGUACUUGGUUAGGAUAGAGUUGAUGGCUGAGCUGUGCGUAGAACCGGUUACAGGACUGUCUCUCACUCCCAUUUCAUUCUAAACAGGCCCUGUAGAGACUUUAACAGCUGCCUGUUAAAGCGGCUCAACUUGUCAAAAUGUGUUCUAUUACUCCACUAAUAAAUAGUAUUAAAGGGCAUUUGACUUGGCCUCUCAUUUUCAGAGGGGAUCAGGUUGAUAAAGACAACUGGCUUAGGCUGGCCUUCUUUUAAUUUGUUUAUGUCAGCUAAGUAAUACUGAAGGGCCGGGUUUUAAAUUUGCAAACAUUACCUUCCCAGGGAGGCAGAACUUCCAAAAUAUGAUACGGAGUGGAAACAAGGAAUUGAGACACUUAUUGUAGAAAGUUUCUCAUUGAAAGAUGUCUGAUUUUGACAUUCUUAGGCCAUGUUUAAGAAUUUGAGAGCCGCUGACUAAGCUGACGUUCUCAGAAGGGCUGGAUCCUUUGCAGUUUUCACUUCCAGGAAAAUAAAGCCACAAGAUAAAUAAUUAAUGUCACAACCUUCUUUUGAUUUUCCAUUGUUCCUGUGUCUAUUUUGGAUUAUUCUAAGUGAUCGUGAUUAUCUAAAAAUUUUUAAGCAUUUUUUCAAAACAGUGCAUGUUUACUUAAAAAAAAAAAUACUUUAUUUGAUGAAGUCUUCCUUAGGCCCUCUCCCAACCCUGUUUCCAUGCCUGGUGGUCUCCUUUGAUAACAGUUUUUUAAAUUUAUUUUGCUUUUUGCAUGUGCAUGUGUAUAUGUGUGGUGUGCAUGUGUAUGUGUGUGGUGUGCAUGUGCAUGUGUGUGGUGUGCAUGUGUAUGUGUGUGGUGUUCAUGUGCAUGUGUGUGGUGUGCAUGUGCAUGUGUGUGGUGUGCAUGUGUAUGUGUGUGGUGUGCAUGUGUAUGUGUGUGGUGUGCAUGUGCAUGUAUAUAGGAGUGUGAAAGCCAGAGAUUGACAAUUGACAUCAAACAUCUUCUUACUUCACUUCCCACCAUAUUUAUUGAGGCAGGUCUCAGUUGAACCCGAAGCUCCAUGAUCAGCUAAUCCACCUCACCAGCUUGCUCUGGGCAUAUUAUGCAAAUGCACAUAUUGGGUCUAUGUUUAUAGAUCAUAUUGGUGUCCCAGAUCAUACAUGUUUUUGUAAAUUUUGUUACAUUAUUUGUUUUUUGUGUGUGUGUGUGCGCGCGCGCGCGCGUGUGUGUGUGUGUGUGUGUGUGUGUGUGUGUGUGUGUGUGUGUGUGUUGGUCAGAGGACAGCUUGCAGGAGUUCUGUCUUCCUACUACGGAAAUCCCAGUGAUUAAACUCAGGUGAGGCUUGGCAACACGCCUCUGUACCCAAUGAGCCAUCUCACUGGCUGAUGUGAGUGGUUUUUAACAAUUAGUCCAUAUUGUACAGGUACAAAAAUGUAUUUAUCUGUUGGAUGUCAGUGUCAUUCAAAGUAAUUCAGUUUUGUCAUAGUAAAUGAUGCUAUGCUGAACAUCUUCCUAAGCAUGUGAGUGAGCUUGGAUGGGCACAGGGCUCUUGGAUGGGCACAGGGCUCUGUGCAUAUAUCACAGAACAGUGAACCAUCAUGGAUGGCACCAUUACUCUGUGCUGGGCAUCAUUCCAAAUGCCUUUAGUAACUCAUUCCAUCUUUACCCUAAUUAAGAGUUAAGGUAUAGCCAGGUGGUGGUAGCACACACCUCUAAUCCCAGCACUCAGGAGGCAAUGGUACUCUGUGAGUUCAAGGCUAGCCUGGUCUACAGAGCUAG